UAUGAAGUUGGUAGAAGAUUUUCGUUUGUUUGGUUUUUGACAAUCCCAUUCCCGGCAGUAUUAGUAAACGUAAAUAAGAUCGUUAAUAGAAUACCAAAAAUCAAUUGAACCAAAGAAACAAUUACAAAACAAUCUUAAUUAGUAAUUAAGUUUUAGGUUAUAUUUACGCCCUAUGAGUAAUUGAGUAAAUAUCAAUAAGUAUGGGCCUGUUAACUGACCCAAGUGCUGGCCAGGGGAAGCUCAUUAAAUUACUUCUCAAGUAUUACGCUAAAUUAUGUGUGUUGCUCUAUACUGUGGGGAUUGUUUACUUCUGUGCACUGGCAAGUUCGCAAAUCAAUAGCAGCACCUACUUCUCAGAGAAUGCAUUGUUACCAGGUUUAGUUCGAUCAGAGUUCAUGGACAAUACCAUGGCAAUGAACUACUUCGAUGAGCUCAAGCAUGAAAUGAAAAAGUACGAUGAUUCUAUACCAUAUCCUUGGUUACUAGCUAAAUUUAGGCAGCUUGGAUUAGAUACAUAUACACAUAAUUUUUCUUUAAAUUAUCCUUUAGGAGCUUCACAGAAAUUCACAGGGAAAAAUGUUUAUGCAAUAAUUAGAGCUCCUCGUGCAGCAAGCACUGAAGCUCUUGUACUUAGUGUGCCUUAUAGACCUCCAGUUAGUGUGCAUGCACCCACUGCAUCUUCAAUAGCAAUUAUGUUGGCUUUCGCCAAAUUUGCAGUCAAGGAAAAAUAUUGGGCUAAAGAUAUUAUUUUCCUAGUCACUGAGCAUGAACAACUAGGAAUGCAGGCUUGGUUGGAGGCCUACCAUGGAGUUACCUGUGGCAAGAAGGAUGUUUUGAUUUCUGGUGAUAUGAAAGGCAGGGCUGGAUCAAUCCAAGCUGCUAUCAAUUUGGAAAUACACGAGCCUGAAAUUGGGCAAAUUGAUAUAAAGAUCGAGGGCUUGAAUGGCCAAUUGCCCAAUUUGGAUCUUUUCAACCUGUCCGGUAAAAUGGCUUUAAAAGAAGGACUUUCCUUAACGUUUAAGAAUCGUUUAGCCAAGAGGUUGAAGAGUUUGUGGAGGGAUUGGAUCUACGCUUUUCAAACCAUGAUGAGUAUGGUUGUUACGCAAGCUACUGGUGUGCCGAACGGAAAUCACGGAUUGUUCUAUCGAUUCGGAAUACAAGCUGUCACAUUGGAAGGAUUUUCAUUACCUAAUCCUAAAUCUAACAGGGCAGGUUUCUACACGAUUGCGCGUAUUUUAGAAGGCACGUUUAGGAGUUUGAACAAUCUUUUGGAACGUUUCCAUCAGAGUUUUUUCUUCUACCUAUUAUCGGCAACUGAUAGAUACAUUUCAAUCGGACUGUACAUUCCGGCUAUUUGUUUGUUGGCUGCGACUUUUAUGAUCAAAGCUUACGCUAAAUGGUGUCAGCUUCAUAACAAUAAUAAAACAGACGAAAAACAAGCUGGUGGUGAUGCAAAGAAUCAGUUAAGCGAUGAUGUUGUUAAGGAACUCGAGAUGAAGCAUGCGGCAUUAACGCAGGGGGAUUGGGAACAGAAGUUCGAGGUGGAAAGUGAGAAGCCGCCAAACGAUAAACACGUGGGUCUAGGACACGUUUCUUUAGUCUACGUCCUUUCACACGUUGUGGGCUUCGCCUUGAGGGAUUUACCGAAGUACAUGUCGCACGUUGGAGCGACCUACGGGUAUUCUACAGAGACAAGCAUUUACGGAACAUUUGCAGCUGUCUCGCUUCUUGGAGUGUUGUUCCCGCUUUGCAUAAGACGCAAACCCGCCUACAAAAGCAUGUCCUUCUUAAAUAUAAUUGCAUUAUUAGAAGUUGGAACGGCGCUAAUUUGUCUGGCAAUGUACAAUAUAUCCAUAGCUAUGUUUCUGGCGGCGAUUUAUGCUCCAGCUACGCUUCUAAUCAAUCCCACCAGAUGCGGCUCUUGCCGAAUAGUACAAAGGGUCUUAUGGUUGAUGAUGCACCCUUUCGUGGUGUUUAACGUUUGCAUCGCUGUUUUCACAUUCACUGCAUUCCCUAACGAUUCCCUCGAAGAAGUCUUUUACAGAGCUUUGGGCGCUUCGCGUCAAGCCAUGGUUUACAGCAUCGUCGAUUCCGAAAUCUACGGAAACUGGUUGUACAACAUGAUCACAAUGAUUUUCGUCUCGACUUGGCUGUGCUUCUAUUACGUCACGUUUGGAAAGGCGGAUCCAUCCGAGCAGAUUAUCAAAAAGAAGAGCGAUUGAACUGUGUUGUUGUCAUCCGGUUAUUUCUCUUAAUGUAGAAAUAAAGUUGUUUUUACUUACGU